GCAUGGCGCUUCCUGAUACAGGGUCAACAACAUGGCGCUGUCCUGGAGGAUGCAUACCUUGUUCUUUCAUAAACAACUGUCUUUAAGGUUAUGCUAGUUUUGUCAUGUUUACAGUUCAUUGUCUUCGGCAAUUGCUUGCUACAUCAAUACAGAUAUCACUUCUUGAUAACGUCACGGAUUUACUAACGUCUCUUUGAAAAACGAGAUACUCGUUGUAGUCAUGUCGGGGACAAACGUAUGGACCCGGAGUCGUGACAGAAUGCGAAGGUUCCCUGAGCUGUUUGCUCAAUGUGCAGCAGAGGCAGCAGCCUAUGGGAAGUGUGUGUCCUCCACUACCACAGCUGGCAGACAAGAACUCAGGAAGGACAUGUGUGUGAAGGAGUUUGAGGCACUAAAGACAUGUUUCAUAUCUGCCGCAAAGAAGGGGGUGAAGUAGCUGCUCCAGUGUCCUACCUUGAAUCUUGUGUAGAAACAAUGAGGUGCAACUGUGUCCCAGUCUCAUAUGAAGGGGUUGUUGCAAUCAUCAUCAUCAUCAGUCAGGAGCCAAGAUGGCUUCUCUGUUUCUUUUCAAGUCUCAAAUCAGUUCACAAUGUACUGUCUGUCCUGGAAUGGCAGAGAAGCCUGGUUCUUUCUGCUGUGACAUGUUGGGUGCAGCACCCUGUCUGUCCAGUGGGGAGAGGGUCAUUCAAACCUUGGCAAGGACUGGGACAGUGUUGACUUAUCAACCAUCUGCUGCUGACACAUUGAUAUUGUCUUGCAUACGUUGUCCCACUAUUUCAGUCAGUAUGCAGCAAGCUUGUUCACCAAUAUGGCAUUUUUGUAAUGUACUAGUUUUUAAUAAAUUCCUGUAUUUAUUUUGUUAGUGUUAACAAAUCAAGAUCAAUUAAUUCAUUGUAAACUUUUAUUUCAACAUAAAAAAAGUCUUUAGAAACACUUCAGAAGAAAUAAAGCAGUACCCUUAGUUCAAUUUCCCCUUUCUUCAGUAUCAUCUGUAACAACAAGGGAAAAGCCACAAGCAAAGAACACUAAUCCUACAACACAGCAUGUGUUCCAAAAUUCCCCAAGUACAGCAACUUUAUCACGCAAACCGCAAGGAAAUCAAUACACAUUGAAGGCAUUGAAUAAUUCCUCUACUAACAAGGAGAGGCACUAUGCACAGGUAGAAAGACAACCGAACAUUUUCAAACUUUAAACCACAUUUAAAUACCGUUGUCAACAUCACUUCUGCAGCAUAAAGGUAAGGCACCAGUGGAGAGGAACGUUUGGUAUGGAACUCAGUAUCUUAAUCAGAACUUUCUAAAGGGACAUUGCAAUGCAGUGUGCGUAAGAUGGGGCAAGAAUAUACAGCUACAGCAGUAGAAAGUAUCUUGUUUUAGCCUUAAACAAUACAUUUUGAUUUUAAAUGAACAGAAAGGCAAUCUACAAUUCUCUCAAGAUAUGCUGUUUUACAUAGGAAUUCACAAUUUACAAACAUGAUACAAUUGAUAUAAAACGCAAUCUUUAGAGAAUAGAACAUCUCAAUAUUUGUCAAAUGAAAACAGAACACUGAGAAACACCAUGGGAAUCAGUUUGAAGGAGGUGGCCUACACAGCAUCCACAAACCAAGAAUGGUCUUUGCACAGCAAUAAACAAUUCAGCAUUCAGACCUUGAACUCCCCCCCCCCCCCCUUAU